AUGUCUAGCUCGGAAAGUGAUGAUAUGUCCGAUGUGGAGGAGGCAGCAAAGGCUGCCACGAACGGGGACGAUUCGUCCAACGAGCACGAGGAUGGGUCCGGUUCCGGCAGCGAUGAUGGUGACGAGGAACAGAACGGACAGGCUGAAAACGGUACCAACGGCAAACAAUCGUGGGAAGAAUUGGGGCUUAUGGAUACACUGUGUCAAGCGUGCCGUGGUCUCAAAUGGAAAGCACCGUCAAAAAUUCAACGCGAAGCAAUCCCGCUCGCACUACAAGGCAAGGACAUUAUUGGGCUUGCCGAGACCGGUUCCGGUAAAACGGGUGCCUUCGCUUUACCCAUCCUGCAGUCCUUGCUAGACAACCCGCAACGAUACUUUGCCGUCGUGCUAACGCCAACGCGUGAACUUGCGUAUCAAAUAUCGGAACAGUUCGAAGCGCUCGGUGCGAUGGUCGGUGUGAAAUGUUGCGUUAUCGUCGGUGGUAUGGAUCUGGUGACGCAGGCAAUUCAACUCGCCCGCAAACCGCACAUCAUCAUCGCUACCCCCGGUCGACUGGUGGAUCAUCUCGAGAACACGAAAGGGUUCAACCUGAAGGCGAUCAAAUACCUCGUAAUGGACGAAGCGGAUCGUAUCCUGAACAUGGACUUCGAGGAGGAGGUAAACAAAAUCCUGAAGGUGUUGCCACGCGAACGCCGCACAUACCUGUUCAGCGCCACCAUGACCAAGAAGGUGAAGAAGCUCGAACGUGCGUCGUUGCGCGAUCCGGUCAAGGUGGAAGUGUCGAGCAAAUACCAGACGGUGGAGAAACUGCUUCAGUACUAUCUGUUCAUACCGGCCCGCUUCAAGAACGUCUAUCUGGUACAUGUGCUGAACGAGCUGGCCGGUAACAGUUUCAUGAUUUUCUGCAGCACUUGCAGCAACACGGUCCGCACGGCACUGAUGUUGCGUGCCCUGGGACUUGCAGCCGUCCCACUGCACGGUCAGAUGACACAGAACAAACGUAUGGCGGCGCUAAACAAAUUCAAAUCGCAAGCCCGCCAGAUCCUCAUCUCUACCGACGUUGCCUCCCGCGGUCUCGACAUCCCGCACGUGGACGUCGUGCUGAAUCUGGACAUUCCCAUGCACAGCAAGGACUACAUCCAUCGGGUGGGACGAACUGCUCGGGCGGGACGGGCCGGUCAAGCCAUCACGUUCGUGACGCAGUACGACGUGGAGUUGUACCAGCGCAUCGAGCAUUUGCUGGGCAAAAAGUUGCCUGAGUACAAGUGCGAACAGGACGAGGUGAUGGCACUGCAGGAACGUGUAGCCGAAGCCCAUCGGACAGCGCGCAUCGAGCAGCGUGACAUCGAGGAGCGAAAGGCAAGCAAAACAGGCAAACGGGCGAAUGAUUCCGACGAGGAAGAUACGGAACAGUUUAACGGCGUUCGGAAGCGAUUGAAACCCACGGGCGGCAAGGCGAAAGGUGGCAAGGGAGGUGGAGGUAGAGGAGGCAAGAAGCCACGAAGAAAGUAA